AUGGAAUGGGAUUGCUUUCGCUUUGUAAGAAAAUGUCAUAAGUGUCAAAUUCAUGGUGAUCUCAUUCAUUCACCUCCUUCAGAGUUGCACCCUUUUGUUGCAUGGAGAAUGGAUGUCAUCGGACCAAUUGAGCCAAAAGCUUCUAAUGGACAUCGAUUCAUUUUGGUCGCAAUUGAUUACUUUACUAAAAGGGUGGAGGCAAUCACUUUCAAGGCAGUCACUAAGAAGGCGGUCGUGGAUUUUGUCCAUUCAAACAUCAUUUGUUGUUUUGAUAUCCCAAGAACUAUCAUCACAGAUAAUGCUGCAAACCUUAAUAGUAAUUUGAUGAAGGAGACAUUGCUUGAGAAACUGCCUUUUGCACUUUUGGGAUAUCGCACAAUAGUGAGCACCUCGAUUGGUGCAACUCUUUAUUUGUUGGUGUAUGGGACUGAGGUUGUGAUACCAGCAGAAGUCAAAAUUCCAUCUCUUCGAAUUAUUGUCGAGACCGAAAUUGAAGAUACUGAAUGGGUCAAAACUGACUACAGCAGUUCACAUUAA